CUUCCUUUCUCUCCGUAGGCCCGCGGCGGGAGCGGCCGUGGCGCUCGUCUCUCUGGGCUAUCCGGUGGCAUCCUCGUCGCUGCGGCGACCCUCGCACCCGCCGUCGCCAUGACUGAGCAGAUGACCCUUCGUGGCACCCUCAAGGGCCACAACGGCUGGGUCACCCAGAUCGCUACGACCCCGCAGUUCCCGGACAUGAUACUGUCCGCUUCUCGAGAUAAGACCAUCAUCAUGUGGAAGCUGACCAGAGACGAGACCAACUACGGCAUCCCGCAGCGUGCUCUGCGGGGUCACUCCCAUUUCGUCAGUGACGUGGUCAUCUCCUCGGAUGGCCAGUUUGCGCUCUCAGGCUCCUGGGAUGGGAUGCGCCUCUGGGAUCUCACAACGGGCACCACCACGCGGCGGUUCGUGGGGCACACCAAGGACGUGCUGAGCGUGGCCUUCUCCUCUGACAACCGGCAGAUUGUCUCUGGGUCCCGAGACAAAACCAUCAAGCUGUGGAACACUCUGGGCGUGUGCAAGUACACUGUCCAGGAUGAGAGCCACUCGGAGUGGGUGUCUUGUGUCCGCUUCUCGCCCAACAGCAGCAACCCCAUCAUCGUUUCCUGUGGCUGGGACAAGCUGGUCAAGGUGUGGAACUUGGCUAACUGCAAGCUGAAGACCAAUCACAUCGGCCACACGGGCUAUCUGAACACGGUGACUGUCUCGCCGGAUGGAUCACUCUGUGCUUCUGGAGGCAAGGACGGCCAGGCCAUGCUGUGGGACCUCAACGAAGGCAAGCACCUGUACACACUGGAUGGUGGGGACAUCAUCAACGCCCUGUGCUUCAGCCCCAACCGCUACUGGCUCUGUGCCGCCACAGGCCCCAGCAUCAAAAUCUGGGACUUGGAGGGCAAGAUAAUCGUGGACGAGCUGAAGCAGGAGGUCAUCAGCACCAGCAGCAAGGCAGAGCCCCCCCAGUGCACCUCUCUGGCCUGGUCUGCUGAUGGCCAGACUCUGUUUGCUGGCUACACAGACAACCUGGUACGCGUGUGGCAGGUGACCAUCGGCACCCGCUAGAAAUUUUACGGCAGAGUUUCUAGAAAUAAACUUUUUCUGACUUAAGGCUC